AAGUGUAUCGAUCAAGUGAAAAUUUUUCGCGGCAAAGCACUCGAUGCAGAGCAAAGAGAGAAGUCUGCAGAGUGCAUUGUACAAAAUAUACUUUAGAUAUUAUUCACGUUGAUAUAUCAUCAGCUUUUUGUUCAACUGAAUAGCUAAGGUUUCCUUUGAGUUAUUCAUUUAAUGAUGGAUAAUUCUACUGGCAGGAGAUUGGGACAUUUGAAUCACUUGGAAAUAGAAAAUUUUAAGUCAUAUAAAGGACGGCAUGUAAUCGGUCCAUUAAAAAAAUUCACUGCCAUUAUUGGUCCCAAUGGAUGUGGAAAGUCAAAUUUGAUGGAUGCAAUCAGCUUUGUGUUUGGUGAAAAAACAUCCAGUCUUCGUGUGAGAACUGUCAAGGAUCUAAUUCAUGGUGCUCCAAUCAAUAAACCAGUUUCUUCUACUGCUUUUGUUCAAGCUGUUUUUGUUGAACCUAAUGGUAAUGAAACCACUCUGACUCGAAAAAUCGUUGGCAGUGGAACAGAGUAUCUAAAUAAUAGAGCCGUCAGUCCAACAGAAUACAAUGUAAAACUUGAAAGUUUUGGAAUAUUUACCAAAGCAAAAAAUUUUCUUGUGUUUCAAGGUGCUGUUGAAUCUAUUGCUAUGAAAACACCAAAAGAACGUACUCAAAUGUUUGAAAAACUAAGCAGGUCAGGAGAACUUCAAUCAGAGUAUGAAAAUAAGAAAUUAAGCAUGCAACAAGCUGAACAAGACACAACAUAUAACUAUCAGAAAAAAAAGGGAAUUUUAGCUGAGCGUAAGGAAGCCAAGGCAGAGAAAGAUGAAGCUGAAAAAUAUGAAGUUCUGAUUCGGGAAUAUGAUGAUUGUAAACUGGAGGCCCAGCUGUUCAAGUUGUAUUACAAGAAAAGUAUAGGUGACUUGAAUAAAAAACUUGAUGAAAAAAAUAAUGCAGUUAAAUCAUUGGAAGAAAAACGUGUCAAAGCAGAAAAAGACGUGAAGGCAAAAAAGAAAGAACAUGGGGAAUUAUCAAGAAGAUUUGCUGUUUUAGAAAAACAAAUCAAAGAAAAGGAAAAUGGAUUGGCCGAGAAGCGACCAUUAUACAUCAAAGCAAAAGAAAAAACGACACAUAUGAACAACAGAUUGGAAACACGAAAAAAAUCGUUAUCAAAAGCUUUGAAGAUUCAUAACAAGCAUAAAGAUGAAAUCAAGCAUUUACUUGAAGAAUUGAAUGAAAUACGAAACCGUGCUGAACAAUAUGAAGAAGAGAUAGUAGAAGCUUCUCAAGAAAAAGACAUGGAACUAAUGUCCUCACAACUUGAAGAGUAUAACAGUUUACGGGAAAGAGUAGGAAUACAAACAUCGCAUCUUCGUGAAGAACUUAACAAGAUUAAUCGAGAACAUAAGUCCGAAGAAGAAAACCUUGAAGAGGCACGACAACAACAUGCAGAUUUAACUGCAGAAGAAAAUCGACUGAACGAUGAGAUGCAACAACUAUCAGAAAGAAAACAAAAGGUUUUCGAUCAUCUCAGAAAUAACGAAGAUAAACUGAAAACAAGCGAAAUCGAGGUGCAGACACUGAGCAACGUAAUUACUACGGCGGAGCAGAAGUACAAUGAACUGAGCAGUAAAGCAGAUGAUUAUCAGUCUCAAAUUAACGAGUCAAAAUUCGACAGAAACGAGAAUCAAAGAUUUCAAAAAAAACAAGAAAUUCUUGAUAGUUUAAAGCGACUAUUUCCUGGUGUAUACGGAUGUCUUAUUGAUUUAUGUGAACCUGUACAUAAACGAAUGAAUGGUGAUCCAAUAACAUUUCUUCCUUUGGACACAAUCCAAGUGAAAACAAUCGAUGAGAAACUUCGACAAUCUGGGGGCACAGCAAAACUUGUUAUGGAUAUCAUUAAAUGUGAACAAUCUCAAGUGAAGCGUGCUCUAUUAUAUGCGUGCGGAAAUGCUUUGGUGUGCGACACUGUUGACGAAGCUAGAAGACUUGCAUAUAGUGGUUAUGAAAGAAAGAAGACUAUUUCACUUGACGGUACCAUGUUUCAGAAAUCUGGAGUAAUAUCCGGUGGUGCAAGUGAUUUACGUUCUAAAGCCAAGAGAUGGGAUGAAAAACACGUUGAAGGAAUGAAGAAAAAGCGUAAUGAUUGUUUGGUUCAGUUAAAGGAUCUUGCUGCUCAGAAAAGAAAGAGACCACAGUUGGAUCAACUAAAUUCACAAAUAGAGGGAUUACGCUCUCGAUUGAAAUACUUUCAACGUGAAAUUGAAUCAAUCGAAAAUCGUGAACGCGAGGUUACUGCACAAAUUUCUAGUGUGAAAGAAAAGGCGGAUUCGUUAAUACCGAAAAUUGAACAGUUUGAGACCUCUUUAGCUGACAGGCAGAAAUCCAUUGAAAAAAUCCAAAAUCAAAUUGAUCGCGUUGAGGAUGAUGUUUUCGAAGAUUUUUGUCAAUCAAUUGGUGUUGAAAACAUUAGGCAAUAUGAAGAAAAACAAUUAAAAACACAACAAGAGAGAGCUCAAAAACGCUUAGAGUUCUCCAACAUACAAUCAAAACUCAAAAGCCAAUUGGAGUAUGAACAAGGGCGAGACACUAAAACUCAAGUGAGAAAACUACAAGCAGAGAUUCAAAGUGACGAAAGUAAUAUUGUAAAAUUGAAAGAAAAUGAGAAACGUGAACUAGAUAAAAUUGAUGAAGAAACGGAAGAGUUGAGUUAUUUACGUGUAAAUCUACAAGCAUUGAAAUCCGAACUGGAUGAGAAGGAACUUCAAGUCAAGAAAGCGAGAAAAGUGUUGAAUAACCAAAUAAAAGAAGAAGGAGAAAAGCAGAAAGAAAUAAUGUCAAUUGAGUCCGAACUGGAACAAAAAAGAAGUGAAAGACAUGGAAUAUUGAAAAGUUGCAAGCUUGACAAUAUUCCUUUACCUUUUUUACGUGGCAGUAUGGAUGAUAUUGAACUGUCCGGUUCAGGAUCAAGUCAGACUGAUACAACUGAAUCAAGCGAGAGUCAGGGAACCCGCUUGUUACUUCGAGAACUAGACAACGUUCAAAUUGACUUUCACAACUUGAGAAGAGAAUUUAAAAAUAUUGAUAGUAUAUCACAAGUACACAAUGUAGAAACAGAAAUUCUGGAUAAAUUGAAUGAAUUGGAGACAACACUACAAAAAAUUCAAGCUCCUAACAUGAAAUCUAAAGAAAGGUUUGAUGGAGCUGUGAGUAAGUUGCAAGAGACUAGUGAGAUUUUCGAGAAAUCAAGGGAAAGAGCAAAAAAAACUAAAAUGGACUUUGAAAGAGUUAAACGUAAAAGAUAUGAGAAAUUUACGUUUGCUUUUGAUCAUGUUGCUAGUCACAUUGACGAGAAUUACAAGGAACUAUCCAAUAAUCCCAGUGCGCAAGCUUUUCUCAGUCCUGAGAAUGCCGAGGAGCCGUAUUUAGAAGGCAUUAACUACAGUUGUGUGGCUCCUGGUAAAAGGUUUCGGCCGAUGGACAAUUUAUCUGGUGGCGAGAAAACUGUUGCAGCUCUUGCGUUACUUUUCUCUAUUAGAUCCUGUCAACCGGCUCCGUUUUUUGUUUUGGAUGAAAUCGAUGCAGCUUUGGAUAAUACUAACAUUAACAAUGUAUCAUCUUACAUUGAAAAGCAAACACGAGAACAAUUUCAAUGUAUCGUUAUUUCGUUGAAAGAAGAGUUUUAUUCAAGAGCUGAAGCUCUCAUUGGCAUCACAUGUGAGCCGGAUCAAGAAUGCACUGUGAGCCGUGUUUUCAGUGUGGAUCUUACGAAAUACGGUGAGUAAAUUUAUUUGCCAUAUAUCUCACCUCGAUCGUCAAACAUUGUUGCAUUCUUUAUACAUGGAUAAUUUAACGUAAUUUGCAUUACGAUUUGUCGGAGUUUAAUAUGUUUGUUAAUUUUAUAUGCAUCGACAAUAUUUUACAUAUUAAGAUAAGAAUCAUUCUUUUUAAUAAAAAAAGGUAUGUAAACUUA